AAUUUAUUGACGUACGCAGCACAAAGAAUUGACUUGAAUUUGACAGUUUUUUAAAAUAGAGACGAAUAUUGAUUUGCGAAUUGCAAUUUUUUUACAAAAAUUGCAUUAUAAAGCGAAUAAAAUGUCUUUAGCAAAAAUAUUUUCAGUGUCGGCUCGAGUUAGACCAUUUGGUUCAACUGGCAUGCUAGUCCGCUACUCUAGUGCUGGCCAAGAAGGCAAAGUAUCGAAAGUGUACCCGCCAACGUCACCUGGGUACAAAUAUGUAAAUGCGGAGGACCCAAACAUGAGUAUGAAGGAAAUGACAAAUAGGGCUGCGCAAACGCUGUUCUGGACUGAAUUGGCGAGAGGAUUUGCUGUGACUCUAGCCCAUAUUUUCAAGGAGCCAGCAACAAUCAACUACCCAUUUGAGAAGGGGCCUCUAUCACCCAGGUUUAGAGGAGAACACGCCUUGCGUCGCUACCCCUCCGGAGAGGAGAGGUGUAUUGCUUGCAAACUCUGUGAAGCUAUAUGCCCUGCUCAGGCAAUCACAAUCGAAGCCGAAGAGCGCAAAGAUGGCUCGCGGCGAACCACGCGCUACGAUAUUGACAUGACCAAAUGCAUCUACUGCGGAUUUUGCCAGGAAGCAUGUCCAGUAGACGCAAUCGUGGAAGGCCCCAACUUCGAGUUCUCGACAGAAACCCACGAAGAACUCCUCUACAAUAAAGAGAAGCUUCUCUCCAACGGCGACAAAUGGGAGAGCGAGAUCGCGUCCAACAUCCGCGCCGACCACUUGUACCGCUGAAUAUUACAGCAUUAGUGAUUGUAAAUAAAAAAUUAGGGCCAGUUUUGCAAUAAUUCUGUAUGUAAAGUGAAAUAAAGGUGCUAUAGUACUCCAUUUUAAAUGGAAAGAAUAAAAUAUGAAAGAUGACACAAUGACAAGAAUAUUGAAGACAAGUGCUGGUAAAGAAACGAUUCGUUACGUGGCGGUAAUCAUUCCCUCUCACUAUCACAUUACAUAGAUAUAGUGUGUAAGUAAGAGGGAAUCAUUAUUAUCGGACGAUACCUGCUGCCAUUUUCGAUUCGUUUCUUUACCGGCACUUAAAGAGCACUUUGAAAAAAGUGACUAGUCAGGGUCUAGACUAGUUAGUGUCAUUCCAAAAGCCGUUAAUAGUAGGGACCAGAGUGAUUGCAAAAUUGGCACUAAAUUAGGAUUAUUAAUUUAUGUGAUAAAUAAAUAAAAAUAAUAUCAUCUCAGUUCAA